AUGAGAACCACCACCCUAUACUCCGCAGUAAAUCUGCUCCUCCCUCUUACGUCCGCCCACUACGUCUUCAGCCGCCUAAUCGUCAACAACACCAUCUCCCAUGACUUUCAAUACGUCCGCGACGUCACUGGCAAUGCCGGCACCCGCGACUCCAUGUGGCUCAAAGCCUUCCCCAUCUACGGCCCCGAAAACGCAAACGUCACAUGUGGCCGCGGCGCUUUCCCCGUCUCCAACGGCGCGACCAUCGAAACUGCUGUCGUGGCCGCUGGAUCUGAAGUCGGCUUCAUGGUCUCGCCGCCAUUCUUCGAAGGUGACUUGAUUCAGUAUAUUUACCACGAAGGGCCGGGGCAGAUAUUCCUGUCAAAGUUACCCGACGGUAUUGAAAGUCUAAAUGACUAUGACGGGACCGGCGACUUUUUCAAGAUCGGAUACGCAGGACCCAUUAUUCUUGCCGAGUAA